AUGGAUAGACGCACACCCUAUACUUUGAGCGUCCUUGCUCCCAGCACAAAUGGUGCUGAUGAAGAUCGCACCACUAUUCAAAACCGCCUUCGGGAUUUCGUGCUAGAAUUUCAACUGGAUAAUGCAUUCGUCUACCGUGAUCAAUUACGGCAAAAUGCACUUGUCAAACAAUUUUACUGUGAUAUUGACAUUGCCCAUCUGAUUUCCUACAACGAAGAAUUGGCCCACAAACUCACCACCGAGCCCGGCGAUAUCAUUCCUCUUUUCGAGCUAGCUCUAAAGCAAUGUACUGCACGGAUUGUCUACCCUGGGCAGCGAGAUAUCAUACUACCCUCCCACCAACUGCUCUUACACUCCUCGGCAUCGCACAUCUCAAUCCGUGAUCUCAAUGCCACCAACAUCUCCCACCUCGUUCGCAUCCCCGGAAUUGUCAUUGGAGCUUCAACAAUAUCUUCCAAAUCAACUAUCAUUCACGUUCGUUGCAAAGGCUGCGACUACAGCGAGAACAUCCAGGUCGAUGGUGGCUUCUCUGGCCUCACGCUGCCGCGCCGCUGCGGUCGACCCAGGGACGACAACGAUCAGCCCAACGAGCAAUGUCCCUUGGACCCUUACGUCGUUCAACACGAAAAAUGUCAAUUCGUGGACCAGCAAGUCCUCAAGCUUCAAGAAGCCCCCGACCAGGUGCCAGUGGGUGAGAUGCCGCGACACGUUCUUAUUUCGGCCGAUCGCUACCUUGCCAACCGAGUGGUUCCUGGCUCCCGUUGCACAGUAAUGGGUAUCUUCUCUAUCUACCAAGCGAAGGGUGUUAAGAAGGAGGCUGCCGUGGCUAUCCGCAACCCCUAUCUCCGUGCAGUGGGAAUUACCUCGGACUUCGACCAGACAGCAAAGGGAAACUCAGUCUUCUCUGAGGAGGAAGAACAAGAAUUUUUGGAACUCAGCCGGAGACCUGACUUGUACGAUGCACUUGCUCGAAGCAUUGCCCCGUCUAUCUAUGGAAACGUGGAUAUGAAGAAGGCUAUCGUGUGUCUGCUCAUGGGUGGCUCAAAGAAGAUUCUUCCUGAUGGAAUGAAGCUUCGCGGUGAUAUUAACGUGCUUAUGCUGGGUGAUCCAGGUACUGCCAAGUCUCAGCUUCUGAAGUUCGUUGAAAAGGCUGCUCCUAUCGCCAUCUAUACCUCUGGAAAAGGUUCAUCUGCCGCCGGUUUGACAGCCUCCGUGCAGCGAGAUCAUAACACUCGCGAGUUCUACCUUGAAGGUGGUGCCAUGGUGCUUGCUGAUGGUGGUGUUGUGUGUAUUGAUGAGUUUGAUAAGAUGCGUGACGAAGACCGAGUCGCCAUUCACGAAGCUAUGGAACAACAGACCAUCUCUAUCGCCAAGGCCGGAAUUACCACAAUCCUUAACUCCAGAACGUCCGUACUAGCCGCUGCUAACCCUGUCUUCGGUCGAUACGAUGAUCUCAAGACCCCUGGCGAGAACAUCGAUUUCCAAACCACUAUUUUGUCCCGUUUCGAUAUGAUCUUCAUCGUCCGUGACGAACACGAGCGUGGCCGGGAUGAGAAGAUUGCUCGCCACGUCAUGGGUGUGCACAUGGGUGGUCGUGGUCUAGAGGAGCAGGUGGAAGCCGAGGUUCCCGUCGAGCAGAUGAAGCGCUACAUCAGCUACUCCGAAAAGCUCUCGUCCCACUUCGUCUCUAUCCGAAAGCAAGUCCACCGCGCCGAGAUUGAAUCCAACACUCGAUCAUCGAUCCCCAUCACCAUCCGUCAACUUGAGGCCAUUGUGCGUAUUUCCGAGUCCCUGGCCAAACUUUCUCUCUCUCCCAUCGCCACGGAAGCCCACGUGGACGAGGCUAUCCGUCUGUUCCUGGCAUCCACUAUGGACGCCAUUACCCAGGGUGAGGGCCAAGGUAGCAAGGAACUCAUGGAGCAGAGCAGCAAGAUUGAGGACGAGCUGAAGCGUCGCCUCCCCAUUGGUUGGAGCACAAGCUUGGCUACCUUGCGCCGUGACUUUGUUGAUGGCAAGAACUAUACCGAACAGGCACUUAAUCGUGCACUGGUGGUCUUGCAGCGACGUGACACCAUCCAGAUCCGUUCUGGUGGAUCUCAAAUCUACCGUAACGGAGUUUAA